AUUAAUUUGAUUAAGAAUGUUCAUGUUAAUUUUAAAAUGGAAUUUUUACUAUUUUUAAAUUCAAAAUCGAACUUCAAAUCUAAAGCGUAGGAUUUUGAUUUGAACGAUUUAGAUGUAACUAACUUCAUUGCAAUCACAUACUGCUGCAGCCAAUCUGGAAUACUCGCGACUGAAGCUUGACGGUGAAAGGCUCUCUAUCUUAUCGAAAAAUAAAUAGAUAUUUGAAUAGCAUAAGUAAUAAUCAAUUAACUAAAGUAGCGUAUAAUUAAUUAUGAUGAUUAUUACUUAACUGCGUUGGACUUGUUUGUGCAAAAGCAAUAAUGAAGUGUUUCCUCAUCUCUCUCUGCAUUCUCCUCUGUUUUCAACAAGGUGUGAAGUCUAAAAAUGUAUCUGAUAGUGACCUACAGCUAGCUAGCAUCCCACCAAGAGGUUGGAAUUCUUAUGAUUCUUUUAGCUGGACAAUUUCUGAACAAGAAUUCUUACAAAGUGCUGAAAUAGUUUCUCAGCGUCUCCAUGAUCAUGGAUACGAGUAUGUGGUGGUGGAUUAUCUCUGGUAUAGAAGGAAAGUCGAGGGCGCUUAUCAUGAUUCUCUUGGAUUCGAUGUGAUUGAUGAAUGGGGAAGGAUGAUUCCUGACCCAGGAAGAUGGCCUUCUUCACAAGAUGGCAAAGGGUUCAGUGAAGUAGCUAAUGGAGUGCAUAGCAUGGGUUUAAAGUUUGGGAUUCAUGUUAUGAGAGGGAUAAGCACACAAGCUGUCAAUGCAAACACGCCUAUCCUAGAUACAGCAACGGGAGGUGCAUAUCAAGAAUCUGGUCGAGUGUGGCGUGCAAAAGACAUAGCGAUCCGUGAAAGGGCUUGUGCAUGGAUGCCUCAUGGUUUCAUGAGUGUAGAUAUAAAGUUGGGUGCUGGCAAAGCCUUUUUGAGGUCCCUUUAUGAGCAGUAUGCUGCAUGGGGUGUUGAUUUUGUGAAACAUGACUGUGUAUUUGGCGAUGACUUGGAUUUGAAUGAAAUAAGCUAUGUAUCAGAGGUUCUUCGGGAGCUUGAUCGCGCCAUUGUCUAUUCUUUGUCUCCCGGAACCAGUGUGACACCAGCCAUGGCCAAGGAUGUCAGUGGAUUGGUCAACUUGUAUCGUAUAACAGGAGAUGACUGGGAUACGUGGGGGGAUGUCAAAGCUCAUUUUGAUGUGUCGAGGGAUUUUGCAACUGCUAAUAUGAUAGGAGCAAAAAGUUUAAUGGGGAACUCAUGGCCAGAUUUGGACAUGCUACCAUUUGGAUGGCUAACUGAUCCUGGUUCAAAUGAAGGUCCACAUAGGUAUAGUAACCUCCACCUAGAAGAGAAGAAGACACAGAUGACCCUGUGGGCAAUGGCAAAGUCUCCCCUUAUGUAUGGCGGAGAUGUAAGGAAGAUUGAUCCCACAACAUAUGAUCUUAUCACAAAUCCUAUCAUUCUGGAGAUUAAUUCUUUUAGCACAAAUAAUAUGGAGUUUCCUUAUAUCUCAAGCCUCAAUAGCGAAGAUCAGGAUUCUGGAAGGCAAAUGAGAAGAAGCUACAGAGAAAUAAAAACAUCAUACACACAUUCAUUAAGCCUCACUAGCUGCACCGAGUCAAAUGCAAAUGGUUGGACUAGUGAAAGUCUUAACCAAAAUCUUGAAAGAAUCUGUUGGAAAAGGAAUUUCGGAUACAAGCAUCUUGCCCCCCUCUGUUUGCACAAGAGAGAACUGAACUUUAUAUCAGAUGAAGAGAAUGUAUAUCAAGAUUAUCAUCAAGGGAAAUAUCAUUUAGUUGCAGUUGACAGAAUAAAAUUUUGCUUGGACGCUUCUCCAAAACGAAAGCUUACUUCAAAAGAGUUCGAGAGAGGUACAUUUUCUCCCUGCAGGUGGGAUUCAAAUCAGAUGUGGCAGUUGAAUCUUAAUGGGACCCUAGUAAAUAGCUAUUCUGGCUUAUGUGCAACAGUAAAGCCUGUCAAAGCUACAAUUAAUUCUGCUGGUUUUCGCUCUUGGGUUGCAACAGGAAGAACAGGAGAAAUCUAUGUGGCUUUCUUCAACCUAAGUGAUCAGAAGGCGGUUAUAUCGGCGCAAACAUCAGACAUAGCUAAGGUAUUUCUUGGAAGAGACUUAAGUGCUUGUAAAGGCAGUGAAGUGUGGAGUGGAAGUGACAUUGAAAUAACACAGGGGACGUUAUCAGCUGAAGUGGAAAUGCAUGGAACUGCACUAUUUGUUCUUAACUGCCACUUAGUUUGGUCCCCCCAAAAAAGUAGUAUGUAACAUUUAAAAUGCACUUAAUCCAAGUCAAAUUGGACGAAGUUGCACACGGAAAUAUUUAUAAACAAAAAAGUAUUACAAAAAUCCUAUCUUUUGACUUUAUUAAUUAAAA